ACCGUUUCUGUUUUUCUUUUUUAUUUCCCUCCCCGCCCAAAAAGCACAAACCCGACGCUCGAUGCAUUGAUGCCCGCCAACAGUCUGCAAGUCCUCACCACGUUUCAAAGUUUAUGACGCUCGGCACGAACGGUGCUUUUUGGCAGAUAGCAGUGUUGUGUUCUUCGAAACCUGGACCAACGUUUGCUCUGAGCAGCUGAGCAGGAGAACCAACUGCAGAGAAAGAGCGAGGAGCUGUCCAUCUCCUGACCGGCAUUCUUGGGGGUGGGGUGACAGAAGGACUGCUGGCCUGUGAUGCACCAGGAACCUCUUUCCAGCAUUGUGGGUCUUAUUUACCUGACGCUUGUGACCUCGUAGCAUAACUGUGAGGAUCGGCAUCCAUUGUGCCAGCAUCUUGUCUGCAGGUCCCCUCAUCUGUCACUCAUCCUUUCACCCUGUCCUCCCUCAUCUCUCUCCGCCCUCAAACCCUUACCCGGCCCAGCCCAUGACAGCAGCGCUGCCAGCAUGGCAUUCUCAUCACGCUUUUCCUUCUGGGAGCAAAAGAUCAAAGAGGAGAACAAGCCAAAGAGUUCAAAAGAAAAUUCUGACAGUGAUGGCAGCCUAAGUAGCCGCUCCCAGUCCGUACCCUGCCUGGAGCCUGGCAGAGGUUUGCUGCGUGCCAAGAGCCCUUCUCCUGUUCAGGACACGCCUGCCCAGGUCCAGUACCAGCCUCACCUGAGGGUCAAAAGCCCUUCACCAAACAGAAACAGGGUGGCGGCCAACAGGAACUCGGAUGUGCCAAAGAUGUCAGAGCGGUUCAAAAGCCCUGAACCUCCUCGAUCUCCCUGGAGUCCUGUACCUGUUCUAAAUGGCGAUAGCGAAAUCAAUGGAGUAAUCAAUGGCAAAGUCAAACCUUUUGUUGGUGUUAGCCAGCCAGAACCCACACAGGACUUACAAGGUGGGACCAAUAACAAUGUAGUGAAGGUGGUGCGCAGAGUGGUUAGGAGAGUAGUGCCAACUGAAGAGGAAACAUCAACAACCCCUGCAGCCAUGUCCCCUGAACCCCCUAAACCUGAACCGCUCUCCGUUCCAAAAGCCAUGAAGAUGCCUGUGUUUUCCUUCAAACAUGACACUAUAAAGAAGGAAGACAAAGAUGAUCUCUCCACUGGGUUGACUAGCUUGAUGUCUCGAGGCAGGACCAGAGAACCUCGACCACGGUUUCGCAAAGAUGAAAAAGAGGACGUGAAACCUGUAGAGAAAGUGUCAGAUAAUUCUGUACCAGCAUGUGAUAAAACUGUACUGAAAGUAGAGGCCAACCAGCCUCUAAAACCGGAGGAACAGACUUCUGCUACCAACGUAAUUCCAUCCAAGCCUCCUCUUUCACCUCCAGCCGUCUCCAAACCCAACCCACUCUCUCCCCCACCAGGAUUCGUUCCUGCACCGAAACCCUCAGGGUUUGUAUCCACCCCAAAACGGUCUGUUCUUUCCCCUCCACCUGGCUUUGUCCCUGCUCCAAAACCUGUGACUCCCUCUCCAACUAUUUCUCCAUUCUCGGCUCCCAUUCCAAGUCCCAAAACAGUGCCUAUUUCCCCCAGUUCUACACCUGCCAUCCCUAAAGCAGCUGCUACCUCAGCACCUGCUAGAUCCAACACUCCUAACCCUCAAGUCCCCAAGACGGACCCAUUUGCCCCACCUUCAGGGUUUUUACCCACUCCCAAACAGUUGGCUUUGAAGAAACCAGAGAUGAAGGCAACUGUCCGUACAGCACCAGCCCCACCUUGGAGAGCUUCUCCUGUGAACCUUUCUAAACCCAGUAUCCCAACUGUGGCUAAAAAGGAGAGUCCUCCACUGAGUCCCACUGAAGAAGCACAGAGACGCUUGGAGAGGAUCUUCGCUACAUCUCUGGAACCUGUGGCCAGUGCCUCUGCGUCGUCUCAGGUACAGAGCCCUUCUGGUGACACGUCUGCCCCCACCGCGCCCCUCCAUGGUCUGGCUGGAGUGUGCGCUCGUGUGGCCUGCUGGAGUGGGCAGGUGGAGGAGGAUCCUGUGGCAAUCCUAAAGGCAGACCAUUCUGCUGCCCAACCUAAGGUGAAGUCAGAGGAGCAGAUCGCUGCAGAGCAGGCAUGGUACGGCUCAGAGAAAGUGUGGCUGGUCCACAAGGAUGGAUUUUCUCUUGCCACAGUGCUGAAGACAGAGGCUGGCAGUCUACCGGAGGGGAAAGUAAAGAUCAAACUGGAGCAUGAUGGGACAGUACUGGAUGUGGAUGAGGAUGAUGUGGAAAAGGCAAACCCGCCAUCUUUUGACCGCUGCGAGGACUUGGCAACUCUUCUUUAUCUGAAUGAGUCCAGUGUAAUGCACUCGAUGAGGCAACGCUAUGGAGGAAACCUCAUCCAUACAUACGCAGGGCCCAACAUGGUCAUCAUCAACCCUAUCAGUGCUCCUUCUAUGUACUCUGAGAAGGUAAUGCACAUGUUUAAAGGUUGCCGGCGAGAGGACACGGCCCCUCAUAUAUAUGCGGUGGCCCAGACGGCAUACAGAAACCUUCUGACCACACGGCAGGACCAGUCCAUCGUGCUGCUGGGAAAGAGCGGUAGCGGCAAAACAACAAACUGCCAGCAUCUAGUCCAGUACCUGGUGUCCAUCGCUGGCAGCACUGGAAAGAUCUUCACUGUUGAGAAAUGGCAAGCGGUGUACACGAUCUUAGAGGCUUUUGGAAACAGUGCCACCUCCAUGAACACCAACGCCAGUCGUUUCUCGCAGAUCGUCUCGCUGGAUUUUGACCAGGCUGGUCAGGUGGCCUCUGCUUCCAUUCAGACUAUGCUGCUGGAAAAGUUGAGGGUGGUGAAGCGACCCGAAACCGAAUCAACAUUUAAUGUCUUUUACUACAUGAUGACUGGAGCAGACAGCACUUUAAGAACGGAGUUGCAUUUUAACCACUUUGCAGAGAACAGUGUCUUUGGUAUUGUGCCUCCAUCUAAGUCUGAGGACAAGCAGAGGUCAUCACAGCAGUUUACUAAGCUGCAGGCAGCCAUGAAGGUUUUGGGCAUCUCCUCUGAGGAGCAGAAAGCUCUGUGGCUCAUUCUUGGGGCCAUAUACCAUCUUGGAGCUGCAGGGGCCACGAAAGCAGAGGCUGACGAAGCAGGCCGAAAGCAAUUUGCACGUCACGAAUGGGCCCAAAAGGCAGCUUACCUCUUGGGCUGCUCUCUAGAAGAGCUCUCAUCCGCUAUCUUUAAAUACCAGCCCAAAGGAACCAUGCAGAGGUCCACCUCCUUUCGCCAGGGACCUGAUGAUGUUGGAGCAGGAGACAACUCGGCUCCAAAGAUCACGGCCCUGGAGUGUUUGGAGGCCAUGGCUGCUGGGCUGUACUCUGAGCUAUUUACACUAGUCAUCUCACUUGUUAACCGAGCAUUGAAGUCGAGUCAACACUCCUUGUGUUCUCUGCUUAUUGUCGACACACCGGGAUUCCAGAACCCAAAGUUAACCAAGCGUGACCGCGGCGCCACCUUCGAAGAGCUGUGCCAUAAUUACGCCCAGGAGCGACUCCAGACGCUCUUCCAUGAACGCACCUUUGUACAGGAGCUGGAGCGUUAUAAGGAGGAGAACAUAGAGCUUGCAUUAGAUGACAUAGAGUCCAGUACAUCUCUCUCUGUAGCAGCUAUAGACCAAACAUCGGCUCAAGCAUUGGUACGGACCCUGGCCAGGACAGAUGAGGCGAGGGGGCUUCUGUGGCUGAUGGAAGAGGAAGCUCUACAGCCCGGAGGCUCGGAGGACACUUUGCUAGAAAGACUCUUCAGUUAUUACAGCCCUGCAGAUGGAGAGAGCAAAGGCCCCGCCUUGCUGCUGAAAAGCGAGAAGCCGCAUCACUUCCUGUUAGGUCACAGUCACGGUACUGACUGGGUGGAGUACGAUGCUCGGGGCUGGUUGAGCCAUGCCAAACAAAACCCCGCCUCUCAGAAUGCUGCUAUUCUCCUGCAAGACUCUCAGAAGAAGAAUAUCAGUGGUUUGUUUAUGGGACGUUCUGGAGGGGCCACCGUAUUAUCAGGAUCCAUCGCCGGGCUCGAGGGAGGCUCACAGUUGGCUUUGCGUAGGGCCACAAGCAUGAGAAAAACCUUUACUACUGGUGUGGCUGCUGUCAAAAAGAAGUCCCUCUGCAUCCAGAUUAAACUGCAAGUGGACGCGCUGAUUGACACAGUACGGAGGUCCAGGGUGCACUUUGUGCAUUGCCUGCUCCCCAAGGCAGAGGCUCUGACUGGAGAUUUAAAGGUGUUGGGAGGACCAUCACCUCGCUCUGGGGAAACAGAGACUCAUGGAGAUAGCUGUGAAACAGGCCUCAUGCAGCUGGAUGUCUGCUUGCUCCGUGCACAGUUACGAGGAUCCAAACUGCUCGAUGCUCUCCGAAUCUACCGCCAAGGUUAUCCUGAUCAUCUGGUGUUUUCUGAGUUUCGCCGUCGCUUUGACGUACUGGCCCCCCACCUGACGAAGAAACAUGGGCGGAACUACAUAGUAACCGAUGAGAGAAGGGCUGUCGAAGAGCUUCUGGAGUCUCUCGAGCUGGAAAAAAGCAGCUAUCACAUGGGCUUAAGCAGGGUUUUCUUCAGGGCAGGUGUUCUGGCUAAACUAGAAGAGCAGAGAGACAUCCAGACCAGACGCAACAUCACCCUGUUUCAGGCUGCCUGCAGGGGCUUUCUGGCACGACAGGCCUUUAAGAAGAGAAAGAUUCAGAACCUGGCGAUCCGCUGCAUCCAGAAGAACAUUAAGAAGAACCGGGGUGUCAAGGGAUGGCCGUGGUGGAAGGUCUUCACCACUGUUCGUCCUCUCAUUGAGGUCCAGCUCACGGAGGAACAGAUCCGUGGAAAGGACGAGGAGAUACAACAGCUCAAGUUGAGGCUUGAGAAAGUGGAGAAAGAGAGGAAUGAAUUGAGACUCAAUAGUGAUCGUUUGGAAAGCAAGAUCACAGAACUGUCCUCUGAGCUCACCGAUGAGAGAAACACGGGCGAGUCUGCAUCUCAGCUGCUGGAGUCUGAGACCUCAGAGAGGCUGAGGCUAGAGAAAGACAUGAAAGAUCUGCAGGCCAAAUAUGAUGCUAUGAAGAAGCAAACGGAGUCUAUGGAAAUGGAAGUGAUGGAGGCACGACUCAUACGUGCAUCAGAGCUCAACGGGGAAAUGGAUGACGAUGACACGGGAGGAGAAUGGAGAUUGAAGUAUGAGCGAGCCAUCCGAGAGAUUGAGUUCACCAAAAAGAGACUCCAGCAAGAGUUUGAUGACAAACUAGAGGUGGAACAGCAAAACAAGAGGCAGUUGGAAAGAAAGCUGACAGACCUGCAGGCGGACAACGAGGAAGUUCAGCGCGUGGUGCAGCAGCUGAAGAAGAAAUGUCAGAGACUGACAGCUGAGCUGCAGGACACCAAGCUGCACCUGGAGGGUCAACAGAGCCGCAACCACGACUUGGAGAAGAAACAACGCAAGUUUGACUCCGAGCAAACCCAGGCUCAGGAGGAGGUGCAGAGAGAGAGGAGCCAGCGGGAGAAAUUGGGCAGAGAGAAGGACAUGCUGACCGGGGAGGUGUUCAGCCUCAGACAGCAACUGGAGGAUAAAGAUCUGGAGAUAUGUGCUGUCAAUCUGAAGCUGGAGCAGAUGGAGGCGGAGCUUCAAGAUCUGAACUCGCAGGAGUCGAAAGAUGAGGCAUCGUUGGCCAAGGUCAAAAAGCAGCUUCGUGACCUUGAGGCCAAGGUCAAAGAUCAGGAGGAGGAGCUCGACGAGCAGGCGGGCACCAUUCAGAUGCUGGAGCAGGCCAAGUUGCGUCUGGAGAUGGAGAUGGAGAGACUGAGACAGACACACUCAAAGGAGAUCGAGGGCAAAGAUGAUGAGGUGGAGGAGAUCAGACAGUCAUGCAGUAAGAAGCUCAAGCAGAUGGAGGUGCAGCUGGAGGAAGAAUAUGAAGACAAACAGAAGGUCUUGAGGGAGAGAAGAGACCUCGAAGCUAAGCUUAUGAGCGCUAAAGAGCAGGUGAGCCACAGAGAUGUGGAGACAGAGAAGCGUUUGAGGAAGGACCUAAAGCGCACAAAGGCCUUAUUGGCUGAUGCUCAGAUCAUGCUGGAUCAUCUGAAAAACAACGCUCCCAGCAAGAGAGAGAUCGCCCAACUCAAAAACCAGCUUGAGGAGUCUGAAUUCACAUGCGCUGCUGCAGUCAAAGCCCGAAAGUCUAUGGAAGUGGAGAUCGAAGACCUCCAUGUCCAAAUGGAUGACAUAUCUAAAUCCAAGCAGGCGCUUGAGGAGCAGUUAAGUCGUUUGCAAAGGGAGAAGAAUGACCUGCAGUCUCGCAUGGAGGAGGACCAGGAGGACAUGAACGAACUUAUGAAGAAACACAAAGCCGCCGUUGCCCAGUCCACACAGAACCUGGCCCAGAUCAGUGACCUGCAGGCCCAGCUGGAAGAGGCCAUGAAGGAGAAACAGGACGUGCAGGAGAAGCUCACAGCUUUGCAAAGUCAAUUGGAGUUCCAAGAGCAGUCCAUGGUGGAGAAGUCUCUGGUCAGUCGGCAAGAGGCCAAGAUCCGUGAGCUGGAGACCAAGCUGGAGUUUGAGAAGACUCAGGUCAAACGCUUGGAGGGUCUAGUGGCGAGGCUGAAGGAGAACCUCGAGAAGUUGACAGAGGAACGAGAUCAACGCAGCGCCAGCGAGAACCGGGAGAAGGAGCAAAACAAGCGUUUGUUAAGGCAAAUUCGAGACGUCAAGGAGGAGAUGGGUGAGCUGGCCAAGAAGGAAUCGGAAGCCAGCCGUAAGAAACAUGAGCUGGAAAUGGAUAUUGAGAGUUUGGAAGCAGCCAACCAGAGUCUCCAGGCGGACCUCAAGCUGGCCUUCAAGAGAAUCGGAGACCUCCAGGCUGCUAUCGAGGAUGAGAUGGAAAGUGACGACAAUGAAGAUCUGAUCAACAGUUUACAAGACAUGGUGACUAAGUAUCAGAAACGAAAGAAUAAAAUCGAUGGCGCCUCCGAUACUGAUUCUGAGGUUGAAGAUCGUGUCGAUGGGGUGAAGUCAUGGCUGUCUAAAAACAAAAGCUCUGCCAAGAACCUGUCAGAUGAUGGAAGCUUAAAAAGCUCAAGAUAUGCUGUAAAUCUUGAUGGAAAAGAAGGAAAAGAGUGGGAAGAAGGUAAAGAGUGGAAAGACAAUGUCAAAGGUAAAGAGUUAGAACCCAGCAGGCCCGUGUCAGUCAUGAGUUCCCUUAGCUACAGGAAACGCUCCAACAUGAAGGACUCCAUUGGGGGCAAGGGAGAUGAACACUCUCUCCUAAACACUCUGAAAGACCAAUCCGAUUCCCAGGACCUUUCCUCCUUCCGCAAGAGCAAAUCCAAGCAGGAUAUUGAGGAUGACUCUUACUCUGUCACCUCCUGGAGGAAGGUUGCAGAUGAUGCCGAUGAUCGGGGUUCUGUUAUUUCUCAAGCCUACUCGGAGGCUGCUAGUAGGGCCAGGAAGGGUAUGGACAGCCGCUGGUCGGAGUUCGAUAAGGAGUCGGUCGUUUCCUCCAUAGCCCCGAGCCGAGUUUCCACCCGCCGCUCUGCACUGGAUAUGGAUGAUGAUGCUGUUUCAAGCGUGAGUCGCUUAAGUCCGUUGAGCCGCCGUAGAAGCAUGUCUCGUCUCGAUGACCGCCAGAGCGAAUACGGUUCAGCCGUUAGCCCCAGCCUGAGUCAUCGGAGCCCUGGCAGCGUGAGCCGUGCCGACUCCCGCAUGUCUCUGUCGCGCAGCUGCCGCCUCAGCGAAUUUGACGUGGAUGAUGACGGUCGCAGCAUAGCUUACAGCGAAGCUCGCUCCAGCGCCUACAGCCCUCACUCUACCUCCGGCCGCAGCUUUUCCAUGCCACCGCAAGCCAGAACUACCGACUCCAGUCCACCCGAUGUCUCUGACGUCAAGCCCGUAAGUCACCGCAACUACCUGGACCCCGACUUGGAGGCUGCCAUCAAUGAAGUAUUGAGCUUCAAACCCAUCAAGUUUAAACGCUCCAGCUUGGAAGAUUCCGAAGUGGAGAAAGACAAGCAAGUAGAAGAAGAGGAUGAGAGGAAGAGCGUCAGUAGCUCCAGGACAGGCAGAGACAGCGGACGUUCCUCCAGCCUGAGGCGUUCAGCAUCGGCUGUGGACUUCAUGCGUUCCAGCAGCAGUCUCAGCAAUCGCAGCAGCCGAAGCAAGAAGGGCAAGGCCAAAAAGAAGAAGAAGAGGAGCCAUAGCUCUGAAUCGGACAGCUCAGAAAGCUCUGACGAUGGACGCAAGAAGAAGAGCUCCAAGAAAAAAGGCAAGAAGUCCAAGAGGAAAUCUAAGAAGGAAUCUUCAUCUUCAUCCUCAGAGUCUGAGUCUAGCACUGAGUCAGAUAGUUCGGGAGCGUCCACUAUUUCUUACAGAAGCUCAAGCAGUAUCAAGAAAGCCCCUGGCAAACAGGCCUCAGACUCUGAGGGGGAGCAAGAGCCCGAAGUCCCAUCUGAGGAAGCUCCAAAACUUUCUAAGAAAGACCAGAAGAACAGGAAGAAGAAAGUAGACAAUCUUAUGAUGAAAUACCUGUACAGACCUGACAGUGAUUAAAGAUGCCACCCACCCUCCAGCCGUAGACGCUUCUGCCUUGACAGAUCAGACGAAGAAGAGGAGGAAGAAAAAGAGGAAGGGGGCGCGGGCCGAAGCUCCUACCGCUCGCGCUACAAACUCAGCGCGUACCUGAACGACAGCGAUGGCU